CUUUAAAUAAUGGGAAAAACAUCUCGUGACAAAAGGGACAUUUACUAUCGUCUGGCAAAGGAGAACAAAUGGCGAGCACGGAGUGCAUUCAAAUUGAUGCAGAUUGAUGAUGAAUUUCAGAUUCUGAAAGGAGUCCGUCGAGCUGUAGAUUUGUGUGCAGCACCUGGAAGUUGGUCACAAGUGCUAUCGAAAAGGUUAUACGAGGAAGAUCAAGAGGCAAAAAUUGUUGCGAUUGAUCUUCAGCCGAUGGCACCGAUUCCAGGAGUUAUUCAACUUCAAGGAGAUAUUACUUCCGUUGAUACAGCUAAUCAGGUCAUCAAACACUUUUCCGGAGAAAAAUCAGAUAUUGUGAUUUGCGACGGAGCCCCAGAUGUAACCGGAAUUCAUUCUCUGGACGAAUUCAUGCAAGCCGAACUAAUCCUCGCUGCCUUCAACAUCACAAGUCACGUUCUCAAAGAAGGCGGCAACUUUCUCGCGAAAAUUUUCCGAUCCCGAAACUCCUCUCUUCUCUAUGCACAAAUGAAGAAGUAUUUUAAAAAAGUAUAUCUAGCCAAACCACGAAGUUCCCGUCAAUCCAGUUGUGAAGCUUUUGUCCUGUGUCUCGACUAUUCACCGCCCGAGGGAUUUGUUCCAACAAUGGGAAAGACUUCAUUAGACGCAACUGAUGCUUCUGCUAUUUCACCUGAUAUUAUCGAUGGAUUCGUGACUUGUGGCGAUCUAAGUGGAUGGGACAGCGAGAAGUCUUAUCCGUUGGAUAUUGAUGCUUGUUUUCCCAAAGGAGAGAUUGAUGAAGAGCAGAAAAAACGAUACGAGUUCAAAGACGUCGUUCAGCCACCAACAGAUCCUGCCUACAAAGCAGCUCUCGAUAAGAAGAAAAGUGGAGUUUUUGCAAAAAUGUCUGCAGAUUUGAACAGACAGCUGAAAGCUGAACUUAGUCGUGGAAAGGAUCAGAAGAAGACUCCAGCAGAGAAUGUUCCAAGCGUAGAAGAAUUGGAGAAAGCUGCUGAAAAAUUUCAACUAUAAUUUGGUUAUUUUUGUUCUCAUUGUCAGUUAAUUGAUUUUUUUUCACUUUUUUCGAGUCUCAUUAUUAGUAUUUGUUUUGCUUGUUUUUAAAGUUUUCAAUUUCCAUGAUCCCUCAACAAUGAAUUAUUCGAUUUU